AUCGUUGCGGGGCCGGGAGGACGGGUGGCUAAGCAAGGCGGAGGGAGACGGCUGUGGCCUUGGUGUUUAGUCCGCGGCGGCGCUGUAGUUGGGUCCUAGCGCGGAGUCGUAGUGGGCACGGGGUGGGGGUCAAGGGGGGAAGCUUCGGGAGGAGCGCGCGGCCGGGCCCGGGUGCCCAGGCUACCCCGCAGUCCCCCGCAGGGCUCCGCGUUGCAGGAGGCGGUGGAGGAAGAGGAGUAGGAGGAUGGCGGCCUCGGCCUUGUACGCCUGCACAAAGUGUACUCAACGCUAUCCCUUCGAGGAGCUCUCCCAGGGGCAGCAGCUCUGCAAGGAAUGUCGGAUUGCACAUCCUAUUGUAAAAUGUACUUAUUGCAGAUCAGAAUUUCAACAGGAGAGCAAAACUAACACAAUUUGCAAGAAGUGUGCGCAAAAUGUGAAGCAAUUUGGGACACCUAAACCUUGUCAGUACUGUAAUAUCAUUGCAGCGUUUAUUGGCACAAAGUGUCAGCGUUGCACAAAUUCGGAAAAAAAAUAUGGACCACCUCAAACCUGUGAACAGUGCAAACAACAAUGUGCUUUUGAUCGCAAAGAGGAAGGAAGAAGAAAGGUUGAUGGAAAAUUACUAUGCUGGCUUUGCACCCUGUCUUAUAAGAGAGUUUUACAGAAGACAAAGGAACAGAGGAAGAGCCUGGGUUCUUCACAUUCUAACUCAUCCUCCUCAUCACUUACUGAGAAAGACCAGCACCAUUCAAAACACCACCACCACCACCACCAUCACCACCAUCGUCAUAGCAGUAGUCACCACAAAAUCAGCAGUCUGAGUCCAGAACAAGAGCAAGGACUGUGGAAACAGAGCCAUAAAACUUCUGCAGCAAUUCAGAAUGAAACUCCAAAGAAAAAACCCAAACUGGAAUCCAAGCCAUCCAAUGGAGAUAGUAGCUCUAUAAAUCAAUCAGCAGAUAGCGGAGGAACUGACAAUUUUGUCCUUAUAAGCCAGCUGAAAGAAGAAGUGAUGUCACUUAAACGUCUCUUACAACAGAGAGACCAAACCAUUUUAGAAAAAGAUAAAAAGUUAACUGAACUGAAGGCAGACUUCCAAUACCAGGAAUCUAAUUUGAGAACAAAGAUGAACAGUAUGGAGAAAGCUCACAAGGAAACUGUGGAACAACUACAGGCCAAAAAUAGAGAACUACUCAAACAGGUUGCAGCAUUGUCGAAGGGUAAAAAGUUUGAUAAAAGUGGAAGCAUAUUAACAUCACCUUGAGGAAAUAUUAUAUUCAUAUUUAGUGUUCUGCUUAAAUUGUAAAUUCAAAUAAUUCUGUGAAGCCCUUAAAAUUCUGUGUAGUAGAAAACAUAUUUUUGCACACCAAAUGAGUUGGCGUGUUUCCUAUUCACUUUUAUAACUAAUGCAGCAUUUUUUUUAGUUGUCAAAGUAUUCAAAUAAAAUACUUCAACUGGCUUGAAGAAUCUUUUUAAUUUUUUGAUAUCCAAGAACUUUUUUUUGCCAGCAAUAGUAUUAAAACAGUUAUUAAAGGACAGAAAAUAGUGCUCUUUUAAAAGAAUGCAACAUGCAAUAAAUAAUAGAUGUCGUUUUUAAGAAUUAAAGCAACAAUUUUUUUUGUUUGACAUUGCUAACUUCAGAUGAUCCGUUUUCAAUUUUAGGCAUAUGUAACUUUUGGAAUAAGGAAUAUUAUGGACACUUAAGUUUUUGGCGACUGUUCUUUUACUUUCUAUUGAAAUAUGGUAAAUUUAGGAGGGAAAUCAUGGUGCUUUUAUUAAAUGAAAUUCAGAAAUAUAUGUAAAUAUGUUUUAAUAGUUGCAUCAUUAGUAGUAGUCAAUGGGUAGCCUAGUAUUUUCAUCAUUUUGAUAGGAUUUAACAUUUAUUGUACAGUAUCCAAGAUAAAAUACAUGUUUUUGUUUUGUAAAGACUACUGUAGAUUUUUACUUACAAGUGCCUUUUUGCCACCUAAUGUUUUUAUUUAUAGGAAUGCUGGUCUUUUGUACAUAAGGUUUUGUUUUUAAGAUCAUGUUUAAUAAAGUUUGUAUAUAAUGUGUAUGUACAGGAGACAUUAAAAAGAAAAUGCAAACUGCUAGUGAGGUUCUUCAGGUUGUGUUAAGAACUAGCAACAAUUAGUGCAUAUAGAUUUUUUAGGUCGUUGUGAUUUGUGUCUGUAGGAUAGGGGAUGAUAUUGGUCCUAUUAUUUUGUCAAUCAUUUCCAAAAGAUUUCAUUUUAAAUCUUUUGACAUUAUUAUAUUUUAAUUCUGCCACAGUGAAUCAUAUUUGUGUGCAGAAAUAUGCAUGUCUAGCUAUAUACAUAGUUCCACAUAUUUCUUCUUAGUUGAAUAUUAAUAUUUUUUAAAACAUCUUUACUACUGUUUUGUCUACUUUUAUCUGAUUAAUAGAAUUAAUAUGUGUAGUCACCACUGCAUAAUUGGAUAAAUUCUAAUGUUUUCUAAAUUUCCUUUGAAGCUAUUGUUUAUUUUUCUUUGAAUAAGUUGGAACUUCAAAUAGAUUCCAGUGAUGUUUACACAUCAAACUGUCCCAGUGUCUUAAAUCAUUAUUCUCAAAAGGAUAGUAUAGGAUGAUGUAUGUAUUAUGUUAGUGUAAAAUAUAUAUUGGGCCUUUUUAAAAAAAAAAAAAAAAACUUAAAAAAAUAAUAAUUUUGAGCCUUGAAUGGAAUUGGUCUGCUUUAAAAAUGUAUCACUUCAGCCUUUUACUUCAUAAGCAUUAAAAAUAAUCUAGCACUCUAUUGGGUUUACUAUUUACAUACAAUGAAAUCAGCACUUCUUGCCCCUAAUAUCUUAUAGGUUAAACCAGCUCAACUCUGCUCUGGGCAAACUAUUGUGCUCACCACAUACUUAUUACUAGACAUAUCAUUGUAAAAUUUUUUAAUGUUUUAAAGUAUUAUCUAAACCAACAUUUUAAUUUUAUUGCCCUUGGAAAGGUUGACUUUUUCCAAUACAGUUUGUGGGUGGUACUAGUCUUUUGAAAUGGCUGGUGUUUUAGUAGCUUAUUCCUACAAAUUUUUCAAUGUAGAAUCAUACUUUCAUUUUUUGAUAUGCCCUAUUUAGAAGUACAAAGUUGGGUUAGUUUUCAAGUAAAGCAUAUCCUGAAUAUUUCUAACUUGAAAAUAAAAGCAUCAAUUUAUUUCCAUCAAGUUUAAUAUGUGUGUGUGCGUGUGUGUAAAUAUAUGUGUAUGUGUAUAUAUACAUAUAUAUUCACACAUACAUAUAUAUAGAAAGAGUUACAUUAAGUUUAAUAGUCUUCAUAGGUUAAAUACACAUACUGUGCUUUUAACUUAGCAUUUUCUGCCCAAGUUGUACUAUACUAUAGUGCAUUUUAAUGCUGAGAAGAUUUACUAAAUCAAAAAGAUGUUUAUUUUCAUUUAAAAUCUUUCAUAACUGGUAUUUUUCCAAUUUCAUACCUAUUUCUCAUUCUCUAUUAGUCAUCAUAGUUUUUAAAGCAAACCAUCCAUUUUAGUAACACUCAAUAACACUCACAUUCAAACUUGUGAAGUUGCUGCAAUUUUAAAUUGUUUUUAUUUUUGUUUUAAGGAACACCGGGAAAUUCAAUUGACUAUGUCAGCUUUGUAAAUUCUAAUGCUAAAACCUUUUAAGGGCUUCACAGUGUUUAGUCCUAAUUUAAAUAUGCCCUUUUUCUUUUUAUUCCAUGACCUCAUUUUAAAACUUAAAUUUUUAAAGAUUGUAAACAAAUACAUUGAGUUCUAGACCAUCAUGUCUUGGAUCUGUAGUGUAUUGACAAAAUGGCCUGAUGUUCUUUAACUGUGGAUCUGUAAGGAGAUAAUAUUGUGUGCUGUAUUGUGCUUUUUAGCUUGUUUUCAGCUGUUCAUUAGCAUUGACAAGUCAUAGCCACUUUGGCUCAAGUUAUUUAUGUACUUUAAGCCUGUUAAUAUUACAGUCCUUUUUAGAUAGUAUUGGUCUAAAUAUGCAUUUUGCAGUGAAGCUGUUGAGCUGUUCACAUGUAUAAACUAUUGAAAUACUGUACUUGCACACAUCUGACUGUUGACAUUUUGUACUUUUUUCUAAAUCAAAUAUUUCACAAUAAAAACUUUACAAA